AUGGAAGACAAAUCCAAUUCGUUCUCAAGCAACAAAGAGGAGAAAGCGGAUGGGAAUAAUGUGUUCCAGAGACAAGACUCGAUCUUGAAGAACAGCAUGGGGAGCCAGAACAUGAAAGACCACGGCAACUCAGUGGGUGCAAAAGGGGACCGGGAAGAAGCCAUGGUCGGGUUUGACGAUAUAGACGCCGCGUCCAGGCAACACGGGUUUAUGCAGCGGCAAUUUGGAGCCAUGAUGCAGCCCGGCGUGAAUAAGUUCUCCUUGCGGAUGUUCGGGAGUCAGAAAGCCGUGGAGAAAGAGCAGGAGAGAGUGCAGACGGCUGGAUAUUGGAUCAUUCACCCCUAUAGUGAUUUUAGGUUCUACUGGGACUUGAUAAUGCUCAUCAUGAUGAUGGGGAAUCUAAUUAUCAUUCCUGUGGGAAUUACCUUCUUUUCCGAGCAAACCACCACCAGCUGGCUCAUCUUCAACGUGGCAUCGGACACCAUCUUCCUGGUGGACCUGGUCAUGAACUUCCGAACGGGAAUUGUGAACGAGGAGAGCUCAGAGAUCAUCCUGGACCCAAAGGUCAUUAAGAUGAACUACCUGAAGAGUUGGUUCGUGGUAGACUUCCUGUCCUCCAUCCCGGUGGAUUAUAUCUUUCUAAUAGUGGAGAAAGGCUUCGAUUCGGAGGUCUACAAGACGGCCCGAGCGCUGCGUAUCGUACGCUUCACCAAAAUCCUCAGCUUGCUCCGUCUUCUCAGGCUUUCACGCCUCAUCAGAUACAUCCACCAGUGGGAGGAGAUUUUUCAUAUGACGUAUGACCUGGCGAGUGCAGUGGUAAGAAUCUUUAAUCUGAUUGGCAUGAUGUUGUUGCUGUGUCACUGGGACGGAUGCCUGCAGUUUCUGGUGCCUCUCCUGCAAGACUUCCCUCCUGAUUGCUGGGUGUCACUAAACGGUAUGGUUAACGACUCCUGGGGAAAGCAGUACUCUUACGCCCUAUUUAAGGCCAUGAGUCACAUGUUGUGUAUCGGGUACGGAGCCAGAGCGCCCGUCAGCAUGUCGGACCUUUGGAUCACCAUGCUAAGUAUGAUUGUGGGCGCCACCUGUUACGCCAUGUUCGUGGGUCACGCCACAGCCCUCAUCCAGUCUCUGGACUCAUCUCGACGGCAGUACCAGGAGAAGUACAAGCAAGUGGAGCAGUACAUGUCCUUCCACAAGCUUCCAGCUGACAUGCGGCAGAAAAUCCACGAUUACUAUGAACAUCGCUACCAGGGAAAGAUCUUCGACGAGGACAGCAUCCUUAACGAGCUCAACGACCCGCUCAAAGAGGAAAUUGUGAACUUUAACUGUCGUAAGCUGGUGGCCACCAUGCCGCUGUUUGCAAACGCAGACCCUAACUUUGUGACGGGAAUGCUGAGUAAGCUAAAGUUCGAGGUCUUCCAGCCUAACGAUUACAUCAUUCGCGAGGGGACCGUGGGUAAAAAGAUGUACUUCAUUCAGCAUGGAGUGGCCAGCGUCAUCACCAAAUUCAGCAAAGAGCUGAAACUCACCGACGGAUCCUACUUUGGAGAGAUCUGCCUGUUGACGAAAGGUCGUCGUACAGCUAGCGUCCGCGCUGACACCUACUGCCGACUUUUCUCACUGUCCGUGGACCAUUUCAACGAAGUCUUGGAGGAAUAUCCCAUGAUGCGCCGCGCUUUCGAAACCGUGGCUAUCGACCGUUUGGACCGCAUCGGGAAGAAGAACUCACUCCUGCUCCAGAAAUUCCAGAAGGAUCUGAACGCUGGCGUCUUCAACACUCAGGAGAACGAGCUGCUGAAGCAGAUCAUCCGGCAGGACCGAGAGAUGGUGAUGAUGGUGGAUCGGAAGCAAUCGGUCACGGGGAUGAACUCCACGCCGAUGUCUGGAAACUCCAUCAUUAACUCUCCCGCCCAGCCACCGUUCAGUACAGCAACUGCCAUUCUUGGGAUCAACCAAUUACAGCAGCAGGCCGCCCCACUAAGCUACAGCACCUCCGCCACUAUAACCCCGUCAGGCCGCGUGCCACCCUCACAGGGCGUCAUGUUUUCGGCGCCGAGCGUUUCUCACGGCAACUUGAGCACCUCUUCCCCGAAUCCCCCUACACCCUUGCAGCAGCCGGUGGGGGCCAUCAUGUCCCCUUGUUCGUUCACCACAUCCAUUUGCAGUCCCCCGGUGCAAACCCCUAUAGCCAGCCGAACAUUCCAGUAUGGAUCGCCGACGGCCUCCCAACUGUCCCUUGUACAGCAAUCCUUACCCCAGCAGCCCUCGCCUGCCUCCAUUCCGCAACAACUGCAGCAAUCGCAAGGGGCGUCCCCUCAGAGGAGCGAUGUCCACAAGAGCACGCAGGCACUCCAGUCAGGCAGCCUGAGCAAGGACAUACGCCACCUCUCUGCCUCGCAGCCGUCACUGCCCCACGAGACCUCAUUGGCUGCCCGGGCACAUCCCACAUCGGGCGAAUCGCUCGCUUCCAUUCAGCCACCCAUGGGAUCUGCGGCAGGCGUCCAGGCCCCGGGCUCCGUUCUGCAAAGCGGUAUCCGCACCAAUGUUCCACAGAGGGUUGCCCUUUUCCGGCAGAUGUCAUCGGGCGCAAUACCGCCGGUGCGCACGGUGCCCUCUAGUGCCCAGCACAGGGAUUCCACGGGCUCCAGGAGAGAGUCGGCAGUCUUAAGUAGUACAGAGACGGAACAAGACAAGAUGCGGUUCGCAUCGAAUUUAUGAUCCCGUUUUACUUUUUUUCCAUGUUCAUUUUUUUAAAAGAUAUUUUGAUUGAUUUUUACGGAGAGACUAAAAAAUGGGGAAAAGACUCGUAUUUUUUUUCUCCAACUUCCUCUGAGAAAAAAAUAAUAACCUCAUAGCUAUCCUGUACAGAAUUUCCUUGUAUUAUAUUUUAGACACACCUCCCCUUCAACUUACAUUAAGAAUGUAUAUUAUACAAAUAUAUAUAUGUGCAAAUCCAACUAGAAUAUUUGGCAUUGACCAUAUGGGAAAGAAAAAAAAAACUCUAGUAUAAACGCAAGUCUUCCUCUCUAACAUAUGUGACUAUAACGUGUCAGAUGAUGUUCUUUUCUGUUGAUGUUUUCCUUGCAGUUCGGAUUUUCGUUAUCGUUUUUGGUACUGGAAUGCUUUUGAAUGUGUUUUCUUUACCGUUUUUGUUCUCAACGAGAAGAUGACAAAACAAGUCCAGCAUUCAGCAUCGUUUGGCAUCACUGUGGAAAAUGUUUGCGCAAAUCAAACCUGGGAAAUACUGAAAUGUUUAAAAAGCACAUCUAAAAACUUUUAGCGGCUGGAAAAAAAUAAUAAUAUCAGAAAAUGCUCGGAGCAUCAGAUCAAGGUGCAGUUUCGAUCUCUGCAAUACUUUGUGUUGUGCAGUAAUUGCAUUGCGUUUCAAGACAGCAUUUGUGCAUUACAGGGAAUCAAUGUAUUUUUUUUCUGUUUUUUUAAUUUUAAUUUAUUUCAUUUUUACAAAGGAUGUGUGGUCAAAUCGGAUGGUUUUAUUUUCUAUAUCUGAUUUUAGAACGAGAUGGACAUUAUGAAAUGUCACUUAAAGACUGUACAUUUACAAUAUUUAUAAAACUAAAGAUUAUCACCAUUAUGCAAUAGACUGUGAUAUAAAGAUUACCUAUAUGUGUGUUGUACAUAGUUUUGUAGACCUAGUAUUUACAAAAGUAAUGUGUGGUGCAUUUCUCAAACAUGGCAAUGUCUUAUCUCUGUCAGCCGCCUGGGUAAUGCCUAUAUAUGCAUAUAUAUAUAAAUAUAUAUAUUCAAAUGGUAAUAUGUGACAACAGACAUCAGAAACAUUCAUUAGAGAUAAGAAAACCUUAAUGCAAAUAGCAGCAUUACACUGUAGGUAGUAAUAAAGACAAUAUCUGUAUUCAAAAAUAUCAUGCUGGUCAAAGAUAAAGGCAUAUGAGUGAUUACAGUGGCAUGACACCACUGCGGUGGGGGAGGGGGUUAUGCAUCUUCAUCAUCAUCAUCAGCAGCAGCAGCAAAGCUUAAUGCAUUUUGCCUAUGUUACAUCAUCAUUUUAGUAUAUUUAUUUGAUCAUUUCCUGGGCUGAUGUAACAAGGAAGCCAUAGGCUGCCUGCAUACAUCGAUAGAUGCUUUGUUUUAUAAUACUUUCAUAUUAAUAGUGUUUUUUUUCCACAUGGAUCAGUAUUAAUGGAUGUACACACUACUCCAACUUCAUAAUAUUACAUAGACGUAGAUGUUCUGGUUAUGCAUUUUCCAUUAUUUUUGCAUUUAAAGACUGUGAAAAACAUUCUAACUUAACAUUUAUUUAUGUAUUUAUUUACUAAUGCUCUGCUAGAUUUACAAAACACAUCAGCUGAGAUAUGAAACAUAAAAAUCCGUAAACCGAUGGCACAGCAGACACAACACAAUUAUGAAAACGGCCAGCAGAACUAUUCUGUAUGUUUUCAAGAGCAACUACGUGAAUCCAACAAAGGAUAGAUGAAGAAAUAUAGACGUUCAAAGAAAGAAAAACAGAAGCUGCUUUGCAUUAAGGUUUUUAUCUUUCCCAUACAUCGAUUCAUCCAGUUUGGGGCUUAAGACUUUGAAAUAGCAUGUCAGUCAUCCAUGUUGGUGGUAAAACAGAUUUUACUAGGGGUAACUAGCAGCACUGACCCCAUCUAUUUUUAAUUUAUUCUUUCAAUACCGCUACCAAAAGUUGGUAAAAUAGCGCAAAAAACUCAUCUGACCUGUGCAAAGUCUCCAAGCCCCCUUGCACAAUGUUUAAAAGACGACAAUACUCCAAAAAAAAAAGACAAAAAAAAAACACUUGUGUCAGUACUGUACCAGUGCAAAUCCCAUACAGCGACCAUAAACGCAUGCAUUGUCACAAAUACUAUUUAAAAAACGUUGACGUUUAAAUGUAUUGUGAGAUUAUGUUCUUUUGUUCAUUGUCUGCCUAGACGUUCUCUGUGCGUAUCAGAAACAUUGAAUUUUCACAAAAAGGACAUUCUUAAGUAUUUGUGCCUAAACUAUAGCCAUGUUUCAUCCUGUUCAUUUUAUGAGUGUGACUCGUGUGUGCGCGCACAUUCGCGCACACGUGUAUGUAAACAAGUGUAUACGUGUAUGUUCAAUGUUUUCUGAUGAGAACAAAAAGCAAUGGGAAUGGCCAAACGUAUCGGAGCAAAAAGGACGAGAUUUGCUAGUGAGACUAGUGAAAGUAUAUCUAUUCGCAAGCAAAUCAGUAUCGGUUGGAAUCAUGAUAGAUCGUUGGUUAAAUGUGUGUGGAACUUAACUUAAUAGCCACUGAUGUUGUGUGGAAUGAAACUGGCCAAAGUGAAACAUUUCAAACAAACUUUCAUUGUGAAUUGCACUUUCUGUUUAAAGAGAGAGAGAAACCUACAGUAGAAGCAGAAACACAUACAUUAGUGGGUUAACUAAAGGGGUUGCUACAUCACCCAGAAUCACGUCGUCUGGCCUCUGGCCCGACGGGAGGACCUGUGUGUUCAAAUACAACAAAAAGCGCUUAACUCCUGCUAUGCCAUAGUGUAUAGAAACUAGUGUACAGAUAGGAUGGUCAGCGGUACUCUGGGUAUCUGCUUUUUUUGAUACUGUACUUGCCUUCAGAGGGGAACGCUUCCCGUGUUAAUGUGCUUUUUCCUCUCAGCUUUAAACACUGUUAGAAUUCCAGAUUGGGAAGGAGAGGCGUUCAUACAACAAUACACUAAAAAAAGAGAAUGCUGUCACUUUCUGAGGAAGCGUUUAAGAAAACCAGCACAUAUUUCCGUAUGUUUGUUUUUUAUUUGUUUUUAUCAUAUAUGUGUUCAUGUGAUGGGAAAUGAACAAUGCAAAAGAAAAAGGAGGAGUGACGUUGAGAUAAAGGAGGGAAACCAAAACGGUUGGUUUGCAGCCUCCACGAUUCAGGUGAAAUCAUUCUGUUUGAUAUGUUCAAUGACGUGAUGCAAAUGAUGGAAGAUUCUAGAACAGGCCUCAAGCUUUCUUAAUCUCAGCUAUUUUCUUUUCCAUUAUGCUUGUUCAUGUACACCAAUGCUUGGUUUAAAAAAUUUAAAAAAGAAUAAAAAAAAAAACUGGGGGAAAAAUCAUUCAAUAAAUACUGUAUAGAUGAACAAUUAGUUACUUGAUCCUGAAUAAAGAAAGGUAAAUGUAUACUUUCUUACACCUAUAUGCAGACAAACGGUGUUUGUCAAAAACUUCUUUUGAUUUUCAUAAUUUUUUGUUUUAUUUAGUUUCUUUGUAAAUA